GCGAGGGAGGACAAGAGGACUACAGGUACUGGGAUAACGAUGCGAAUGACGACGCCGCACUGCCCGACUCAUCAGAGUACACCGCCGAGGAUCAGGAGAUGUACAACGAGCUGAAGCGACAGGAAAAGCAAGCCUUGCUCGACAAGAUCCUCAAGUCAAAGGCCCAGUCUCAGACCCAGUCUUCGUCCACCACAUUAAGCACCUCUUCCGCCUCGCCCAACAAGGGACAGCCCUCGCCGUACCUGGCUCGUAAGCUGCAGCAGCUCCAGGAUGUUGAAAAGCGCUUCCAGAAUGUGGAAACAUACAAGCCUCAAAGUACGUCCUGGGGCGAGUUUGCGCGACCGAAGAACAUUCCUGACGCCUUCGGGGGAGGCGUGCACAUCCCCGAGGGCGGUGUCACCCUGGAGGGGGACAAGGAAUGGCUGGCAAAGUACGAUACGCUGAUGGCUCAGGUGCGGGAAUACAAGAAGGGAGUCCAAGGCACGGUCCUGACCCCCCUCGAAAAGGCGGACGAGGAGCGUAUCAAGGUAGCGAGGACGCAGGCGCGUAAGUACAUGCUGCGAGGCGAAUACGAGGCCGCCAAGGCCGUGCUCCUCCCCUUCCGCAGCAUCUGCUCGGUACGGAGCUCAUUGGGCGCAUCCACGCUCAUGGAUUUAGCCAUGGCGCAUGAGGCAGUGUACGAGUUCAAGGAGGCCCAAGACAUCUACACGCAGGUCAGGAGCUCGCCCGUGAAGGACCUGCGGGCCAAGGCGAAAGCGCUCAACCUGGGUGCGGAGGCCAUGAAGAAGCUGGGGCUCGGCUCCAAAAGCAAUGUAAACCCACGCAACAUGAUCAAUUUCGCCUACAUACCGGGGCAGAUCGAAGGGAGCUACGGCCUCUAUAUGAAGGGAAAGAGCAGCCCUAGUCCGGACGACUCCAUGUCGGGGCUCCGCAUCGAAUCAGUAGCUCAGGCCCUUGAGGUACUUGAAGACGCCGUAAUAGCCCAGGGUGUGGGCGUCCGCUUCGAUGCAAUAAAUGCUGCCCUGCGAGUGGUGCACCAAGAUGUCUUGCGCAGCGAUUUUGCGUCGGAAGGUCCCUCUCGACGCCUGGCCCCUGUCCCCGUCCAAGACCUAGAUGGUCGGUGGCGGUGCCGCCUCACUGCCCAUCAAGAAAGCGUCGAUUUCCUCACCAAGGUUGACGUCUGGCAGCGGGUUGAGUCUGAGACUAGGACAAUUACCGGAAAGCUAGUCGUGUCGCCAUUCGAAGUUGUACGGGACGUAAAAGUCGCAUUUACAUUCGACGGCACGGGGCGCGUGUUAAAUUAUGGGGUUGAGGGGUCCAUGGCUAGUACAUUGGGGAUUCCUACUGGACUGCCACACACAUUACGGGUCCUCGCCAUCACUGACACCAUGUUGGUAACUGCUAGAUCGUCGGAUGCGAAAGGUACGACUCCAAAGGAGUCAUACGAGGCGCGAUUUGCGGUGUGGACACGGGCGGGAUAAGCAGUAGGGCUCCAAUUAGUUUGUGUAUAUACCUGCAUGUUGAUGGCAGAAGCUGUCAUGCGUUAGUAAUUUGAUAGGUCCAAUAAAUUAUGUAUUGAGUGGCGAGUAAUAAACAAUGAACCAGUGAAAGCCGAGUCAUAAGCUUCCCGGUGGUGGGGGGGAGGUUAUGAGGAGGUUAUCGAGGGAUCGAUA